AUGUGGAUCGAGCCCGAAGCUAAAGGCAUAUUUAAACCAACUGGAAUCGAAGCCGAAAGGCUCAAGUUAUUAGCAGAUGGAUGUGACACAUCAGUCACAGGUAAGCGACAAGGAUAUAACCUCAUAUCAAUAUAUUUAUGUUUUAUAUAUAAACUUUUAUACUAUAUUGAGGGUUACCUUGAAUUAUCAGCAAAAACAAAAACAUAUUUUACUACCGCAGUUUCUCUGUGGGAUGCUGAUUUCUAUGUCAAAGUUGAUGACGAUGUACAUGUAAAUAUAGGUAUACUUGGAGCCACAUUAAGUAGAUAUCAGUCAAAACCUCGUGUGUAUGUCGGAUGCAUGAAAUCAGGUCCUGUUCUUGACCACAAAGGAGUGCGAUAUCAUGAACCCGGGCAUUGGAAAUUCGGUGAGGAAGGAAACAAAUAUUUCCGUCAUGCCACAGGACAAUUAUACGCCAUUUUAAAAGAUCUAGCUACUUAUAUCUCAAUAAACCAGUAAGUACCAUUUUUCACUAUUUAUAUCAAUUCAUGUGUUUCCCAUCUCAUUUUUGGAGCAUUUUAGACACGUGCUUCAUAAAUACGCCAAUGAGGCCGUUUCACUGGGAUUAUUGAGCUUCAAAACUAAGAAUGACAAUUUUACAUAAGCUCAAAAUGCUCCGGAGGUCGCCCCACAGUCGAGGAAUAAGAGGUUGAAGAAAAAUACACUUACAUAUAGAUAGCACUUGUGAAGAAUCUUUUAAUCCGCAAAAGUGUUACUGUAUCCUUUUAAACCGUUCUUUACUUAUUUUCCUAAUAAGAAGAAGAUGAUAAUUGAAAAAAUCUAGAGUAGUUUUAGUGUGCCUUAAUGAUGAUAGAUGGAAUGGAGUGAACCAUUUAUUCAAACAUUCAUAAAAUUUUUGUUGGUUUUACGUCUUAUGUUAUGUCUUUCAUAAUACAUAAUUCAAUAAAACAUUUGUAAAAACAUAUUUUUA